UACUUGUAGUUGAACAGACAACUUGUUUUAUGGUGAGGAAGAUUAUAAGAUGAAGAAACUUGCUGCUCUUGUCUACCUAGGUGUAUACUUGAUAUGUGUCUCUGGGACCAGUAACAGUUGGCCAAUUUCUCUUAGCAUGUCAUGCUAUGAGGUUCAACCUAAAGUUGCUUGUUCCUUUGAUUUCACUAACAAUGCUAAUCAGGACUAUUAUCUUCUUAAACGUAAUACUCCUUUGGAAGGAAUGUUUUCUCCUUUUGUCGCUAUAUCCUACAAUGGUGCUCCUUUAAAUUAUGAAGGCAUUGUUGCUUAUCGUUUUCCUCCAGUGCAAAAUGAGUUUGUCUUAAUUAAACCAGGUGAAAGUGUUUCUGCAAUUGCUUAUAUCAGUGAUGCUUUUAAUCUUCGUUCUGAUGGCUUGUACUCUAUAAGUUAUGUCAGUCCUUUGGAAUUUUUAUCAAAGGAGCAAAUGGAGAUGACAGCCUUUGAUGCCAAGAUUCGUUAUGCUAAUCAUUUAGAAGUCAGCGAGUCAGUACAAAUUAGUCUGAAGAAUACUCAUAUGUUAUUAAGGCCUUCAUUUAUUGACACGCAUUCACAAGAUGCUGAUCGUCAAAUAGUCACAAUUAAAGGAUGUGAUAGUGCCUCUUUCAUUGGAGGAAACCAGACACAAAGAGAUGAUGUACUCGCAGCUCACAUUAAACUCUGUGCACAGUUUGGUUCAGCAAGAAAGAUAGUCCAAAAUGAUGCUUUUUACAAAACAUGGUUUGGUGAAUACACUGCAGAGCGUUCCAAUAAAGUUAAGCUGGUUUUGCAACAAUGUGAGGAUGGAAUCACUCAAGAUACAGUUACUUAUGACAUGAAUGGAUUGUAUUGCUUCAUACCAUUUUCAUAUGCAUAUUAUGUGCGAGGAGAAAAGGCAAAAGUUCACCUUUGUGCUUUAUUCCAUGAUGUUAAAAGUGUGACCUGCAGAGAAGAUGGUGAUGCAUCAAAAGAGCAAAUACUGGCUCAUGAGUGGACUCAUUGCUAUGGUGGCACAGAAGAUUACAUGACGUAUGGAGAAGAAGAUAAUAAGGCUAUGGCUAUGAAUGACCCUGAUAAGGCUGUCAACCAUGCUGAUAGUUAUGCAUACUACUACUGUCUUGCUUACUGGCAGUAGAUUUAUUGAGUAAGAGUAGACUAUAGAUAGUGUUUUGCAUAAUUUUAGUGAAUCAGUUGAAUUAUUAUUAUGCAUGAAUUUAGAUAAAUAAAAAAUCAGUGAUUUCAUAGAGCUAUACAAAAGCCA